AUGCCCGACAAGAGAGCCCGCAAGAGGGGCGAUGAUACCCCGGAGAAGGCGUCUCGUGGUGCCAGGGAGGCGCCACGCCUGUCCGCAGGCGCCCUCGCUCGGCACAACGGCGAGAAUGAGGAGUCUGCUGCUGCAGGCUCGACUGCUCGUGGGGCCUCCGCCCGUGACAAGGCUUCAGGCCCAUGUUGCUUUCAUUGUGGCGCUACACCCUCGGCGACGUCGAAGUUUCCAGUUGGGGUGACCGACGCUUGCGCGUUCCACUGGGAGCUCUACCUUUCUGGCUUCACGACCUACGGCAGUUGGCGGGAGUUUAAUGCGAAGAAGGACAAGGACACUGCGAUCCAAGAGGCGUGGACCAGCGCAGAGGAGACCAAGACAAGCGGCGAGAAACAUUGGCUGCCCACGCAGGUCCAGCAAAGCAAGAUCUACAAGUGCACAGUGACGAAGAGCAUGGCAGGCCCGAGUCGGGCUCAGCUGAAGGAUCUACUGUCUGUCUCGCCAGAGCGCAUAGGCGUCAAGAUGCAGGAUCUCGUGGACGUCAACAACGCCCAGUACAAAGGGUUGCUGAUCCCGAACCCAGCGAGGCCGUUCACGGAGUUCAACUUCACCAAGACAAUCGGCGUCGAGAGGGCUACAGUCGCAAUGGGCAGCGCCGGCCAGGUGCACGAGCACCAUGCGGACGUCGUCUUCGAUUUCGCCAAGGCCGAGAUGCAGAAGGAAAAGGAUGUCAAGGAUGCUGCAGUCAAGAUGAGGACAACGCCAUGGGACCUCACAGACCUGGCCAAGAAGUCCAGCGAGUAUCGCGGGGUCGACGUGCACCCCAUGAACUGCAGCCCCAUGCCAGCGAUGCUCAGGGGCCACCUCGGCAACGUGGACGAGGAUGCCGCCCGCACCUUUGGCCCACCAGCUCGCCACGAGCCGCCUGAGGACGUUGCCAAUCUUGCCGACGUGGCCGACCACGAGGCCGGUGAGGGGGAGCUCGACGAGGGCGCGGCUGCAGAUGCGGAGGAGGCAGGCGGCAUCGGCAAGGGCAGCGGGGGCAAGCGGGUGCCCAUGGAGGACGGCUUGCCGAUCACAGAUGCAGCUCGAGACGACCUCGUGCAGCGGAGGAUCAACGCCUACGACAUCGAUAAGAUCAUGAGGAACGAGAACAUGGGCCGUGAGAGGCGUUGGUGCAGCGACUCCCGCGAUCUCUUCUUGCGCGAGGGCGACGUCAGGGCCAAUGCCCUGUCCAAGCACCUGGACCUCGCGAAGCACGCCGAGAACCUGGUCAGCAGCUCCACUUCAGAGAUGGGCGCUGGCAUGCUCGAGACCGCUGUGAAGGAGCUUCAAGACGGUGGGGUGUUCAUCCCAAACAAUAUGAAGUUCCAGCUUUGGCGCAGGUAUUGCGACGACAAAUUGGGGGACGCCCUGAAGUCCCACGACGCAAACACGUUCAUCCAGGCCAUCGUGCCGUGGAGCGGGUCCGAGAAGACGCUCGAUGGGAACAAGCCGCGCAUCGGCCUCCUAGACUGCUCGAACUAG